AUGUGUAGUUUUUUUUUGAUGAUGACUGGGUUUUUAGAGACAUCUUUUUAUCUGUUUCUUUUGUUUUUUUUGUUUGGCUGGAGCAUUUUUCAUGUGAAUGCUCUAGCAGAGGAUGGGGAUAUGCUCGUCCACUCGCGGAAUGCUACCGUUGGCGAAUUUCCAAGCGGUGUAAGCUUAUGCCCCAGGACUGCACCGAUAUAUUGUGCCUUUCCGGGAAUGUUGGGCUACUAUUGCGUGCGUGCCGGAGAAAAGUGCUGCAACGCUUUUGAAGGGGGUGGAAUUGGAUGUCAACAGGGGGAGAUGUGCUGUCCAGGGGUUUACAAAGCAUCCUGUUGUGGAUUUUCGGAAACUUGUGGCAUUGAUGCGAGUAAUCGAUCUCUGUGUGUAAAGGAUCGUUGUGCCGUUCACUCUGAUGUUGAUAGUUGUUUGACUGACCAAGGUGAAAUGGGGUGUCGUUGGUGUUGCGCAGAGAGGCGUUGUGUUUCUUCAGUACAUCAAUGCAUCAAUGAAAAACCUAUUACUAGAGGCGAAAUGUGCUAUUCGCCAUGUCAAUACGCUGAUACUUGUCGUCGAUGCCUUAGAGGCGCCAUAAGUAAUAAUAGCCAUAGCGUUUCAUGUGUGUGGUGCUGUAGCACCCAGAGUUGCAUUCCCAGAUCAGAAAUAUCCAAUUGCGCACAAGACCAGUUCUUCUUGAAGUUGGUAGAUUGCGACGAAUGUCUAGAAGGAGGCCGUGGUGUUUUAUUUUGGCUACAAUAUGCUGCAAUCUCUUCCCUUCCGUCAGCUGUCAUUGUGUUACUUGUUGGAGCUGCUACCAUCGGUCUCGCUCUGCCCUAUGCGAUGCGCUGUUCGAUACUGAGACGUCAACAGCCUGAUGUGGACGAUGCUCGCAUCCAUGCACCAGAAACAAGAGGUUCAUCGGUGCGUCGUCAUGGAUUCAAUAAUUGUGAUGGAGCAGUGCGCCGGUGGUGGAUGAGGGGUCGCAGUGCCAAAAACACUUUAUCGCAUGACGAAUUGGGUUAUAAUCGUGUGAUUUCUUGCUCUUCUUGUCACUGCAUAUUGCACGUGCAAAGGCUCGUCAAGGAAAUAUUAGGUGGCGUAUCAAAAUUACCCCGGGAGAGACAAGAAUCAAAUAUGAACCGUGUGCUUCCCAGUGCCGUUGAUGCCACUUCCAUUCCUCAGCGCGAUGUUUUUCUUGGUAACGGUGGUGAUAAUAACAAUAAGGAUGAUGAUGAUGACGAUGCUGUUGUUAUUUUAUUACCAUGUAAUCAUUUAUUCUGUUACCCUUGCAUGGGGUUGGACUCUAGUCGAAGGGUUCGCGGCUCACGCAGCAAAGAUUUAAUUUUUCAGUCAGGUGGUAAGGCUGGGGUCGAGGCAAAAUGUCGUGAUAUAUCCUCUGAAUUUCUUGAAAAGGAUAAAUCUCAGAGUCAAGGGCAAUUGAAGGAAACGAAAAUGACAGAAGAAAUGAUUGUUAUGGCACACUGUCGUGGUGUGUGUCCUCGGUGUGGCCGUGGGGUGAAGGACAACAUACUCAUUGAACACAUCGUCCGACUUUAG